AUGUCGUUCAUCAGACAAAAUCACUCUGGCUCGAUUCGACCACUACUCUACUUUCGACCAACAAGUUUGUACCACUCGGCCAAAAGUAUUCACGAUUAUUCAAGAGCGGCUCUUUUGUCCAAUCAUCCUGAGCUCGUCGACGACGCGACCAGAAAACGUAUCUUGGAGCAAUACACCAAUCAAUGUGCGAGCCUGGGCGUGAAGCAGGUUACCGAGCUCCGAAAGAUUCGCCUCCCACGAAUCCAUCUCGAGCAAUUCGUCCGUCUAAGAUACGAUACUAUAGCGGUUAGCUUCUUGGAGAACGGACAUUCGGGAAAGCUGGCCAGACAGUACAAAGAAUGCGAGCAAUGGUUGGAGAACAACGAGGCCAAGGUCGAGGAACUAUACGAAGUCGCGAGGAAUGCUAUGCUGAGCCAGUUUCCCAAGCUUGCAAUAGCAGCUAUGAGAGAAAAUAUUCUGAAGCAGUACAACAUGGAGUAUGAGAGGGUCCUCGUUCCAAAAAACCAACAAGAUACAGCCGAGCAACCAAGAGAAUUCGUAGCAGGCACUACGCACGAAGAGAAGCAUCGCUUUUGUGAAUUAGCGUUGCAGUAUGUCGUAAUACAUCUGAUCGACACUCCCAUCACUUCAAAAGACGCGCUCGAAAACUGGAAGGCAGACUUCCGACGCUGUCAAGAUAGCCUCGCUCAGGCUACAGAUUUCACGAUUGAAGAGGAAAGAGCAGAAGCCUUGGCAACUUACCCCGAUAUCAAGGAUCCCGAUGUCUGUCGUAGAGUCAUAGAUGAAUGUAAUGUCCGUGCCAUGGAGUUGAGAGAAGCGGAGGAGCAGGGAGUUAGAAUACCCUCGGAUCAGAUCCCACCAAAAGAGGUCGAGAGAUUCUUACUCCUGAGACUCGAAUCACUCGCUAUAGAAGCUCUGUCACCUGGUAGUGAAUCGGUGGAGCGCAGGAAGAAGCGAUAUCAAGUGCGCAAGGAAUGCCUGGCCAAUCUAGAUAUCGUCCGGGCCCAGAAGAAACGCGGCAGCAGAUGGAUAAUCAUUCCGAAUCCACUAACGGUCCUGGAGUGGAUUGGAAUCGGAUUAUGA